CAGAGCUCACUCUGCGCAUGUGCACGUCCCGACCCGCCUGCUGCCGUCCGACCUCUCUGGCCUAAAAGGAAGAAGAUCUUCCCGUCUUUGGGUCCGUGCUGAAGCCAAGGCUGCCCACUGGAGAGUCACCAGGGCAGAACCAAGUACAAUGAUAUUUACUUACAUGACUGAACCUUCACAGUUCUUUCCAUUUUUCCAGAAGCAGUAGAAAAUGAACAUAGCUCAGCCUCUCCCGUUGCAGAGCACAGGCUCUGGAUGCACAGGCUCAGCGGCCAUGGCUCACGGGCCUAGCCGCUCCGCGGCAUGUGGGAUCUUCCCGGACCGGGGCACGAACCCGUGUCCCCUGCAUCGGCAAGUGGACUCUCAACCACUGUGCCACCAGAGAAGCCCUGCUUAGUGACUUCUGGAUCAGUGUCAUUCGAAGACGUGACUGUGGAGUUCACCCAGGAUGAAUGGCAGUAUGUAGGCCCUGCUCAGAGGACCCUGUACAAAGAUGUGACGCUGGAGAACUACAACCAUCUCGUCUCAUUGGUUGUUACAUUUGCAGGGUACUGCAUUAUCAAACCCCAGGUGAUCUUCAAGUUGGAGCACGGUGAAGAGCCCUGGUCCUCAGAGGAAGAAUUCCUAAACCAGAAGUACCCAGGAUAUUACAGAGUUGAUGUCCAUAUUGAGGAGAACCAGGAAAAACAAGAGAAACCUCUGUGGCAAGUAGUAUUCACUGAUAACAAAAUAUUGAGUAAAGAAGAGCAGAAAGCUUUAGAGAAACCAUUUAAUCUCAAUAUAACUCCAGAUUUUUCAGGAAAAGUGCCCUCUAAACGUGACUCAUGUAGAAUGAAUUUGCCAGUUGUUUCUAAAUUAAUUCUUAGUGAUAGGAAUUAUUCACGAAACAAGACUGACUACAUAAAUGUGUGUGAAAAGUUGCAGCUGGAUAUUCAGCUUGAGAAAACUCAUACUGGAGAGCAGUGUUACAAAUAUAAUGAAAAUAUGAAAACUCUCAGUUAUGUGAAAGAUCAUCAUAAAUUUCAAACUGUGGAGCAAUAUUUUGAAUGUAAUGAAUAUGGAAAAGUUUUACAUGAUAAGACCAUCUGUGUUACAGCUAAGAGUUCAGUAACAGGAGAGCAAUCCUGUAAGGAUAACGAAUUAAGGGGAAAUUGUGAUAAAGCCGCUCUUUUUAACCACAUGAGAACUGGCACAAGGAAGAAAUGCUUUGAUCUUAAUGAAUGUGGUAAAUCCUGUGAAUACAAUGAGGUUCACAUGGCUUUGGCACACUAUGAAUGUAAUGAAAGUGGGAAUAACUUCAGUAGGAAUUCACCCCUCACUCAGCCUCAGAGAACUGUUACAGGACAAGGUGCCUUUGAAAGCAGUAAGUGUGAAGAAAACUUGAGCCAGAGCUCAGGCCGUAUAGUACAUCAGAAGACACAAACUAGAGAUACGUUCUGUGUUUAUAAUGGAUUUACAAACACCUACUACCAGAAGUUAGACUUUACAGUACAUCAGAGAACUCACAAAGAAGAGAAAUUCUAUCAAUGUCAUAAAUAUGAGAAAUCCUCCCAUCAGAACUCAGCCCCCAGUGUACAUCAGCAGUGUGACACAGGAGAGAAGUCAUUUGAACUUACUGAAUGCAGGAAAUCAUUUUACCAGAAAGCACACCUCAUUCAGCAUCAGAGGACCCACCCAGGGGAGAAACCUUAUGAAUGUGAGGAAUGUGGGAAAUCCUUUUGUUCAAAUUCACAUCCUGUUCAUUAUCCUGGAACUCAUAUGGGAGUCAAUCUGUAUGAAUGUAAUGAAUGUGGGAAAACUUUCGCUGAUAAUUCAGCCCUCAGAGCACAUCAGAGAAUUCACACAGAGGAGAAACCCUUCACAUGUAAUGACUGUGAGAGCUCUUUUGUCCAUAAUUCAGACCUCAGAGCACAUCAGAGAAUUCACACAGGUGAGAAGCCAUAUGAGUGUAAUGACUGUGAGAAAACUUUUGCCCAUAAUUCCACCCUCAGAGCACAUCAGAAAAUUCACACUGGGGUAAAACUCUACAAAUGUAAUGAAUGUGGGAAAACUUUUUCCCAGAAGACACGUCUUAGUACACAUCAGAGGAUUCACACAGGUGAGAAACCCUAUGGAUGUAGUGAAUGUGGGAAAACCUUCUCCCAGAAAUCAUACCUCAGUGGACAUGAGAGAAUUCACAAAGGGGAAAAACCUUAUGAAUGUAAUGAAUGUGGGAAAACUUUUGUCUAUAAGGCAGCCCUCAUUGUCCAUCAAAGAAUUCACACAGGAGAAAAGCCCUAUGAAUGUAAUGAAUGUGGGAAAACUUUCUCCCAGAGGACACACCUCUAUGCACAUCAGAGAACUCACACAGGGGAGAAACCUUAUGAAUGUAAGGAAUGUGGGAAAACUUUUGCAGAUAAUUCAGCCCUCAGGGCACAUCAGAGAACUCACAAAGGGGAGAAACCCUAUGAAUGCAGUGAAUGUGGGAAAACUUUCUCCAAGACAUCACACCUCAGAGCACAUCUGAGGACUCGCACAGGGGAGAAACCCUAUGAAUGUAAUGAAUGUGGGAAAACUUUCUCCCAGAAGUCGUAUGUUAGUGCACAUCAGAGAAUUCACACAGGGGAGAAACCUUACAAAUGUAACAUAUGUGGGAAACCUUUUGCCCAUAAUUCAACCCUCAGAGUACAUCAGAGAAUUCACACAGGUGUAAAAUCCUACAAAUGUAAUGAAUGUGGGAAAACUUUCUCCCAGAAGUCACACCUUAGUGCACAUCAGAGAAUUCACACAGGAGAGAAACCCUAUGAGUGUAAUGAAUGUGGGAAAGCUUUUGCCCAAAAUUCAACUCUUGGAGUACACCUGAGAAUUCACACAGGUGAGAGACCCUACAAAUGUUAUGAAUGUGGAAAAACCUUUGUCCGUAAGGCAGCUCUUAGAGUACAUCACACCAGAAUGCACACUAGAGAGAAAACCCUUGCAUGUAAUGAAUUUGAGAUGUGCUAAAGGAAGUAACACCUUAUUAGAUAACACAGAGUAGAAAAGCUCAUGUCACAUAGACUGGCAAAUUAUUUUCCUUAACUGUUUCCUUUUCCACUGGGCACAUAGCUUGUCUUAGUUUCCCAAUCUUUUCUUUGUCUGGGUGGGGCUGGUCAUGGAGUAUGAUGCUAUUACAUUUAAGUAAUAAAUGGCCUUAUAAGUUACCUUACAUUCUUCCUGUCCUGUGUUAUACUAGAAUUGAGAGAUUUCCAUGGCAGACUUGGGUGCUGUGUAUUAAAUAUGGCAGAGCACAAGGUGAAAGAAGCUAGAGUCAAUAACUGAGUGAAACAAUUCUCCACUGACAGAUCUUCACCAAUUGUUUUUUGGUUUUGUUGUUGUU